AUGUCCCUGGUGGGAGCUUCAGGACAUUCACCUGCCAGUGGCAAGGUCAGCACCUGGGCCAGCCCGAGGAGUGUCUCAGCUGGCGGACCGGCAUGGUCACCUCUGCCUGAGUUUGUCAGUAGCUCAACGCAUGGGCGGGAGGAUCUUUUAUAUGCUUUUGAAGAUCAACAAACACAGGCUACUACCACACACAGUAUAGCCCAUCUUGUACCAUCACAGACUGUAGUGCAGACCUUUAGCAACCCUGACGGCACUGUCUCACUCAUCCAGGUUGGUACAGGGGCAACAGUGGCCACAUUGGCUGAUGCUUCAGAACUGCCAACCACAGUCACUGUUGCCCAAGUGAAUUAUUCUGAUGUGGCUGAUGGAGAGGUGGAACAAAAUUGGGCCACAUUGCAGGGAGGAGAAAUGACCAUCCAGACGACGCAAGCAUCAGAGGCAACACAGGUGGUAGCGUCGUUGGCAGAGGCCGCAGUGGCAGCUUCACAGGAAAUGCAACAGGGAGCUACUGUCACCAUGGCACUCAACAGUGAAGCUGCCGCUCAUGCUGUCGCCACCCUGGCUGAAGCCACCUUACAAGGCGGGGGACAGAUCGUCCUGUCUGGGGAAACCGCAGCAGCCGUUGGAGCACUUACUGGAGUCCAAGAUGCUAAUGGCCUGGUCCAGAUCCCUGUGAGUAUGUACCAGACUGUGGUAACCAGCCUCGCCCAGGGCAACGGACCAGUGCAGGUGGCCAUGGCACCUGUAACCACCAGGAUAUCGGACAGCACAGUCACUAUGGACGGCCAGGCUGUGGAGGUGGUGACAUUGGAACAGUGACAUGCAGCCGUAUCAUGGCAUCGUUUUCUAGUCUACUUCAAAAUUUUUUACACGUUUGCAGAGGUGCAAUCAAAUGGAAUUAAGUCUCACGACUUUGGAAGAAAAGUUUUGUUAACCUUUUUUUUUUAAAAGGAAGAAAGGCAGCAGAUUUUGGAAUUGCAUUUUUUUAAAGCACCACUCUUGAUUUUCUGGGAUUGGUGGAGUAAGAAACUGCAUUGUCAAUUUCACUGUCCCAAAAAAGCCAAAUUGUGGCAGGACUUCUUUCUGCGGAAACGUGUGUAUACUUAUGUGUGUGUAUGUGUGAGUGUGAAUAUAUGUAUAUGUGUACAUAUGGACAUACACAUUUACAUACAUAUAUAUAAAAUAUAUAUAUACAUACAUAUAUAUGUAUAUAUAUGUAUGAAACCCGCAUGGAAUUAUCUGUAUGAAAUCAAGGUGAGCUGUGGAAACAAUUAUCCACCUAGUUUAGUGGGUGGUAGGGUACGUGGCCAGAUACAGUCACCUGGUUUUUGUUCAUACCAAGUCAUUCUCUAUGUGUUUCAACUUGCUUUCUUGGUUUAAAUCUUUCCUGUUAAAUUAAUGCCUGUUUAAUGUUCUACUCAGAGGGAGUUUAUGAAGCAGUUCUUUGUCUUUUGUCCUUUAGUUUGCUUCCCACUCUUUUUUUGUGGUGUUGGGGAUCGAACCCAGGCCCUUGCACAUGCAAGCUCUCUAGCACUUAACCACUGAGCUAACCACUGAACUACCUCCCCAGCCCUUUUAUAUAUAUGACUUGAUAAGAUAAAGUCAUACCCACGAAACACAUUAAAACACUACCCGUGGUUAUCUCUGUGUGAAGGUGGGCUUUUCCCCUUCAAGUAGCUGGGAUCACAGGCAUUUGCCACCAUCCCUGGGUUUUCCUUUUUUUUUUUUAAUAUUUAUUUUUUAGUUGUAGUUGGACACAAUACCUUUAUUUUAUUUACUUAUUAUUAUGUGGUGCUGAGGAUCGAACCCAGGGCCUCACACCUCCAAGACGAGCACUCUGCCACUGAGCCACAGCCCCCCGGCUUUUCCUUUAAUCCCACUUAGAUAACUGUGUCAAACAUCUGAACCCCCAGACCCCAGACUGAGUCCAGAUGCCAUUCCUAAAUUACCCUUAGUAGCGAGUUUGUUUAUUUAUUUAUUUAUUUUUAAGACUUUGAUUUGUGUCUGUGUUCAUUUUUUUCAUUAAAAUAUCCUAGUAGUUUAGGGCUGUCUGUUGGUAGAGUGCUUGCCUUACAUGCACAAGUCCCUGGGUUCAAUCCCCAGCAACACACACAUACACACACACACACACGCA